GUUAUUAUGAACACGCGAGGUUUCAGCGGAGUGAAUAUGCACAUGCGUAGUUCUUUCCAAGAGGAAUAUGGCGGUGGUCUCUACAGAAGUGAAGGCAUGGUGUAUCCAAGAAUUGUUGAAAAUUAGAGACGUCGACGACGAUUUGACGGGGUAUAUUUUGUCACUGAAUACUGCUAGUGAAUUAGAAUCAUAUUUGCGAAGUUUUCUAGAUCUCAAGAAUCGCGAACAUCAGCAAAUUCUGGUGGAAUUUUCCAAUGUAGUGAGGACGGAAACUACGAACACCUCAGAUGCUAGCGAUACUUUUUCUUACUCCCAAAAAUGUUCAGGUGAACUUGGUAAUGGGUUAAAUGAUCCACCUAUUUAUCCAGGAAUACAAACAAAGAAGAAAGCCCCUAAGUUUGUGCCACUGUAUGGGGCAGAGGGACAAUCGCGCACUUCGGUUCUCCUUCCCGGAAGACACCCAUGCGAGUGCUUGGCUCAGAAACACGAUCUGGUAAAUAACUGCACAGAUUGUGGACGGAUUGUCUGUAAACAGGAAGGCUCAGGGCCUUGCUUUUUCUGUGGAGCUUUGGUUUGCACUAAAGAAGAGCAAGAGAUACUGGCGCGGAAUUCAAAAAAGAGUCACAAACUCCACGAGAAACUACUGAAGCAAGGGAUAGAAAACGACUCAUGUACAAAAUUAGGCGAAGGCCUACAAAGAGCAAUUGCUCAUAAGAACAGACUCAUAGAGUAUGACAAGAGUGGAGUCCGUCGUACCAAAGUGAUUGAUGAUGAGUGUGAUUACUUUGCUAGUGACACCAAUAAGUGGCUGUCUCAAGAGGAGAGGGAAGUUUUAAAGAAGAAAGAAAACGAAGUGCGGGAAAAGCGUUAUGGUUCACGCAGGCAGAUGAAGGUUACCCUUGACUUUGCAGGUCGAAAGGUUGUUGAUGAGAAUGAACCUGAGGUUGAUUUUGAUGCUGAUUCAUCUGUUCUUGCUACAGGUUAUUAUAAUUUGGAUAAAAAUACCAAACCACCAAGAGUUGCUAAUCUUAAUUUUCCAAAUGUCUCUUCUUUAAAAUUUGUUUCCUCUGAGAAAGGAGGUAACAAAGCACCUAACUAUGAGGGUGUUUUGGAGAAAAAACAUGGUAAAGAAGUUUUACGUAUCCAGGAUAAGGAAUUCCAAGAGAUGAGUGAUACAGGUGCUUGCUUAAGUAUGCAUCAGCCUUGGGCAUCACUCCUUGUGUUGGGUAUCAAGAGAGUAGAAGGCCGCACAUGGUACAGUGCUCAUCGUGGACGUCUAUGGAUUGCAGCAGCUGCCAAGCAGCCAACUCAACAGGAAAUUGCAGCAGUGGAGAGUAUGUAUAAGACUCUGUAUGGGAAUGAAAAUGUUGUAUUCCCUGAGCAUUACCCUGUAUCAUGUCUACUUGGGUGCGUAGACCUCGUGGAAUGUCUUGCCCAAGAAGAUUACAAGGAAGAGUUCCCUGAGGGUGAGUCUGAAUCUCCUUAUGUGUUUAUCUGUGAGAAUCCUCAGCAACUGGCUUUAAAAUUUCCUGUUAAGGGACAGCAUAAAAUAUGGAAACUUGACCCUGCAAUCCACAAGGCAGCCAAGGGAGGCCUUAGAAAAUCAGCUUGAAAGAACAUCUGAAAGUAUCCAUGUCAUAAUCUUGAUACAAGUAAUGCAAUGAACUUAGGACUAAUAGUUGGAUGGUGUUGGUAUAGUGAGCAAUUAAGAAUAUUCUUAAAGAACACUUCUGUUAGUAGAAGUGACAAAUUGAUAACUGAAUGGGAAGUCAUAAUCUGUGUCCAGUAAUAAAACAAGUGAUGACAUCACAAAAGUCACCUUAACUCUGAUGAUGAUUACUAGUCAGGUUGUCAAUAAAAUGUCAUUCACUGUUAACUGCCAUAGUAAUUUCCAGGGUCAGGUUGUUCAAAUCUGGGUUAAAAUAAUGCAGGGUUAGUUUGAAAUUUGAUUUCAGAUCUGAAAGUUUGAAAAGAAAAUUCAAUUUAAUUCUUUUUGUCUACAAUUUGAUAAAAGGCUUUUGAACAUAGAAAUAAAGAAACCCAAAUCAAAAUUGAACCCAGGGUAAGUGCUAAUGUGCCUUCAAACAUUCUGGAGUACUUUCACCAAAAUGAUUAGACUGCACAAUGUGGAGUAUUUUGUUUAUCUGUUUGUGGUCAUGCCUACUUCAGGGUUAGGAUCAACAAACAUUGACCAAAAUUACUGGUAUCAUAUUAGAGCAAAGAUUACCAAAUUAAAGAUCAAACUUGAUUCACUCAUCUAAUGUCACUUAGAAUGUAUUUUGUUUAAUCCAUGUCAUAGUUGAAGUUAGUGGCGUUUUAAUUAAAAAAAAAUUAUUUAGUUUCUCCUUUCCCUGUCCUAUUUGACAAUUGCUGGUUAAAUUUUAAUUACUUUUUGGGUAAUCUAAAUGCAACAGAAAGUAUAUUGUUAAAGAGAAGUGUACCGGUAAACAAUACUGCAUCAAGUUGGUGUUAAAGGUUGCGUAAGGUUGAAAUAUUACUGUAUUUCUUCAUUUCUAUCUGGUGGAUUCAUGCACACCAAAUUGAGAAUUAUUUUUUAUUAAAUCAUUUGGUAGAUCUGUUACCACCUUGUAACUGGUAGAUACUAAUUAAAUUAAUAAAAACAGUUUGUUUCUUGUUUGAGGAAUUAUCACAAUGAAAGAGAUGAUUAAAGACUGUUGAAAGAA